AUGAAGAACGCAUGUAGUGGAAGGAAGGAAUAUUACAAUAUAAAAUGAGCUAUCACAGAAAAAGAGACUCAGCAGCAACGUAAAGUUGGCUUCUGUUGCCAAGGCUUUAUAUAAAUGUACGUUAGUAGGCCUAAUGUGAUUUUUGUUGCGAGCUAUGAACACUGCAUUAUACAUUUUGGAAGAAUUCAUAUACAUCGAAGUCAAACUUUUAUUUUGAAGGAUGCGGCUUAGUAUUCCGCUAUCUUGGUUCCUACGUCCCUUGCGUGUUGAUAUAUCCUCAGUAUGUUUUUAUAAAAUGGCGUAAAUAAGUACAUACGUUUAAUGUUAAGGGUAGACACAUUAACAUAAAAAGAUAUAUUGGGGGUUAUCGCUAGAAAAGCAUCUUAUAUUUCGGACGGCACUUGACGCACUUCCGUUAGCUUUACUUCCUGUGUGGAGCUCGUCUUCCCGGGCAGGUGGCUCCAAGUGAGACAGCAGUGUAAAAUCGGUGCAUUCAAAGCAACAUCAAGCGAUGCUCUUCUGCAGCAUCACACUGGACAUUUGAGAUUGGAAAUUGGGUGCAGCCAAAUGAGAUGGCAGUGUAAAGUCUGUGGAUUCAGAGCGACAACAAGAGGUGAUCUUCUGCAGCAUUACAGACUACAGCACAGGACGUUUGAGAUUGGAAAUUCGGCCAUCUGACAUGGAUCCAGCAAUGCUCCGGGUCAUCUUUGGUCACAGGAUAGAGAAACUGACUCUUCCAUCCGGAAUACCAGAGACUAUGGAGGAGCUGAACUUGACUGUCAAGCAGACAUUAAGUAUCCCCAACGACUUCAGCCUGCAGUAUUUAGAUCCAGAGAACCAGUGGUUCUCAAUUUGUAUCCAGUACCACACACUGAAAGCUUCGAUGAAAGUUUCUCCUCAGAGCAAUCACAUGAACCUGCCUCCACAAGUUCCACUGCACAAGACUCCUAUGACUCAUGUGAAUCAUCACCUGCAAGCUCAGCCGUGAUGUCAGCAAGCAGCAGCCUACAAAAGAAACCAUGGCCAACUGAAUUCAUGAAUGAAUGAAUUCAUUCCACGAUUCUCAGUUGAAACCGAAAUGAUUCUUGAAAGAGCCAAUGAAGUUUACAGAAAAGAGGGCACACUGCUGACUACCCCAAACAUCAAGUCAGACAUACUUGAAAAGCUAGCUCAGUCCAUUUAUACAUACACCCCCUAUCCAUCACUCCAGAAUCGUCUUUCUGUCGCUGAAGCACUUAUCAAGGCACACCCAUGUGUGAAGGAUCCGGGGAGCUCUUCAGGUGUCAUUGGAUGGCAGAAUAGCAUUAAAUACAAGAUGGCUAACUACAGAACAAAGUUAAGAGGUCUUGGUAUUCCAGAUGUUACAUGCAAUGCUCUGAAACAUAAACUCCCUGCUGACAGGAAGUCUGCAAAAAAUGUGAAAAAGGCGAAAAGAGCAGAGGUCAAUUAUCUGCCACCCUACCCAGCUGGUGAAAACGAGCAGAGCUUGGAGAAAUUAAGGGAAGAGCUGGUCACCGAGUCAAAAAAGAAGAACAAUGAAAAGAUAGUCAAAGACAAAAUGAGCAAAACAUUUGCCCUCAGACGACAUGAAAUCAUCAAUCGGUGUCCAACUGUUCGAGCCAUGAAGGACCGCUGGCCUGCCCUGUUUGACCCUUCCCAAAUCAAUGCAGAAUUUCAAAGAACAACUACUGUACAUCUGGAGCCGAAAUUUAUGUCUGCGUUAGACCAUCACACUCCCAAGCUACUGACACUAUUUCGUGCCAAAGGUGGAGCACUUGGAAGAAGACUGGAGAUCAUAAUGGAACCGCUGGAGGACUCAGUGCACUCUUCGGUUGAGAGGACCAGAGAGGUUGUCCUUAAGUGUCUUAUAGAAUACCUUGGAGAACAAGGGGGACAUCUCAUCAAAGAAUUCAAUGACACUGAGAACUUGGAGGAACUUGAACAGCUCGUAAUGGCAAUUAUUGUGACCCCGAAGCCUGGAGCUUCUACAAGCAACAGCCCAAAGAACAUUGGAAUUGUCAUAGAGGGCGUGGAAGUCAUCACAGGACUUGGAGAUAUUGCGAGGGCUUGCUCUGUCCUCCUUGGCUUGACCUACGCACUGAAUCUCGAUUAUCCCAGACAGCUGAAGUACACCUUUGAGUGUAAACAGAAGUUAAUGGAGGACAUGGAGGCCUAACAACCAUCCGACGCACAGCCUUUAGUCAGCCGUGACUAGCAGAGACAACCAUGUUGCUGCUAAUCAGUGUGCUUACAGCAGCAGGGCAUCAUAAUUCAUUACUUGUGUUGUUGUUGUGAAUGUACGGCAGGCUGUAGCAAAUGAUAUAUAGCGCAAUUCAUUACUUAUGGGAAACAUUUCAAGAACAACAGGCUUGCCUCCAGGCAGCACAGCACAAGGGAGAAGUGGGUGUAAUCUGGAAGACAUAGCUGGCACUGGAGCCAGGUCAAACCAACCAAUAGAAACUCUUCUCUCAUCCACCAGCGUAGGCCCCGCCCAUCAAGUGCAGUUGAAUUCGCAAGCAAAACUUUAGAACUUGCAAGCAAAGAGGACUGAUUUGCAAACAAAUUUUUGUAAGUCACAAGCAAAAGAGGACUGAUUUGCAAGCAAAGGUUUUUAACUUGAAAGCAAAGAGGAUUCAUUUAUAAGCAAAAUGGUCAUGUUUUUACUUACAAACUUUUGUUUUGAUUAAAGUUGAAGAAAUAUGUUCUCAUACUUUUUUCAAUUGCAACCUAUUCUGUUUCGAUCUCAAAAACAAACAAAAAAAUAUGUUUGCCACUUACUCUUUUUUGCUCUCAAAUCUGUUUUUUUGUUUCAAAUCUAUUUUAUUUGAUUGAAUAAUAAAGGAAUGAAAUUCUCUCCAUAGGUGAUGGAAAGAUACACAAAGAUUAUUUAAAAAGCCUCUGUCACAUCUAGUUUUAUCCUGAGGUCUUUGAUAAGUUUUCUUUUCUAUCAACAGAUAGUGAUAUGUUUAUGCCACUAAACAGCACUCACUUUGACUGAUGCAUCCAUGCACGUCAUAAACUGCAUUUCAUAUCAUAACAGGCCUACAGCCCUAAAAAAACAAAUCUGUUCUCUGUAAUUUAUAAGGUGAUGUAUGAAUAGAUUUGUAUUGCCAAUUUGUGAACUGGUUGGAACGUAACUUAAAAAGACCUUCACCAGCAUUCUCACUUACCUAUAUCUGUGGACUGAUUUCUAUGUAAAGUACUUGGGAUAGUUUUGCUAUCCAUAGGAUGUGACCUUUAUGCAACACACCUGUUUAGUUAAGAUUUGGCUGCAUUUUGUAGAUAAUGUUCAGUUUAAAUGGUUUUGGGCAAUGCUAGUCUAAAAGUGAUGCCAAAAAGGCAAUCGGUGCAGAGUGGAGCAUACUGUAAAUUAUUAAUAUCUGAAAUAAGCUUUCUGGCUCUAACAGCCUGUCUGAAGAAUGUUAUAAUGUCAUUUUGUACAUGUUUAGGUAAAUGUUUUUGUCAGUGUUUCACUUUAUUUGAUGUUAAAAUCCAUGUACAUAUACUGACAAUUAUAGAUUUUAUGUUCUCACAUAAUUAUUCAUUCGAGAACACAUUAAACCCUGGUGCUAGUGUUGUAAGCACUUCUGACAAACUCUAAAAUCAAAGAUUUUCAAAAGAUGGCAAACAAGUAGGCUUUGGGAUCAGUGAAACAUCUACCAUCUUUCAAUAAUAUGUCAGCGAAAGCCAAUUUAUAGUGUGAUUUAAUGAGGUUUGGAGAUGUCUUCUAAUGUGCCCGAAAGCAUAUAACAACACAACGACUUGAUCUCUUUCCUGAAUUCAUGACAGCUAGUCAGGAUAACUCACAGACCCAACUGUGAAUGAUUAUGUUGAGAGUUAUUUUGAUUUUCAGUGACUAACAAACAAG